GUCUCCGUCAGGACGCACCGGAGGAGCGGAGCCGAGCAGCAACAUGGCUGCAGAUUACUGGGAGCCAGAAAGAUCCGAGACUCUGUCAGACUGAACCGAGCCAAACACAACCCGGGACAGACCGGGACAGACCCUCCCGCAUUUUCUGUGUUAACCUGUCCAGGUGUCGUCUCCAGGCUGGCUGCCCCGCCCCCCUCAGUAUCACUCCCCCCUCUGCCCCCCCGGCCCCCCCUCAUGGAGAGGAUGAGGAAGAUCAAACGGCAGCUGUCACUCACUCUGGGGAGGGGAGGGGCCGGGGCAGGGGACAGGACACUGAGUGACACAAUCAACCAGGAAGUGACAUCACACAGUGACUCAGAGGUGGUGUCUCUUCGUGGUUCUUCUGGAGGUUUGAAGGUUCGAGGUUCCUCCUCUUCAGUUCAGUCUCUCCUUCAGUCGUACAGCAGCUCACUGAGGAAACCUCGAGGCCUUGGACGCAGCCUGAGCUCCUACCUGAACCACACCACACGACUGGAAAUAGUUCACGAGGAUGUGAAGAUGAGUUCAGAUGGUGAAAGCGAUCCAGCUUCUUCUUCAGAUGGUGUUCAGAGUCCAGUUAGAGUCAGACUAAGAAACAAGAAGAUCUCUACGGAGGACAUUAACAAACGUCUGUCCUUACCAGCCGACAUUCGUCUUCCAGAUGGUUACCUGGAGAAGUUUAAUCUUAUUGGUCCAGCUUUGUUUGAGCAGCCAAUCAGCAGGCGGCUGCGCAGAGUGUCUCUGUCAGAGAUUGGUUUUGGGAAACUGGAGACAUACGUGAAACUGGACAAACUCGGGGAGGGGACCUAUGCUACAGUGUAUAAAGGUCACAGUAAACUGACUGACAACCUUGUGGCUCUGAAGGAAAUUCGACUGGAACAUGAAGAAGGAGCUCCGUGUACUGCUAUCAGAGAAGUGUCUCUCUUGAAGGAUCUGAAACACGCCAACAUUGUCACGCUUCAUGACAUCAUCCACACACAGAAAUCCCUCACAUUGGUGUUUGAGUAUCUGGACAAAGAUCUGAAACAGUAUCUGGAAGACUGUGGAAACAUCAUCCAUGUUCACAAUGUCAAACUCUUUCUUUUCCAGUUGCUGCGAGGUCUUUCAUACUGUCAUAGGAGGAAAGUUCUCCACCGAGACCUGAAACCCCAAAACCUGCUGAUCAAUGAGCGAGGGGAGCUCAAACUGGCAGACUUUGGUUUGGCUCGAGCAAAGUCAAUUCCGACAAAGACGUACUCUAACGAGGUGGUGACACUGUGGUAUCGACCACCGGACAUCCUGCUGGGCAGCACCGACUACUCCACUCACAUUGACAUGUGGGGUGUUGGUUGUAUCUUCUAUGAGAUGGCGACAGGUCGACCUCUGUUUCCUGGUUCCACAGUGGAGGAGGAGCUUCACUUCAUUUUCAAACUGCUGGGUACUCCUACAGAGCAAAGCUGGCCUGGGAUCAGCUCUAAUGAUGAGUUUGUGGCGUACAACUAUCCUCAGUACAGAGCAGAGAGACUGAGUAAUCACACUCCCAGGCUCAGCAGCGACGGAGUGGAGCUGUUGUCAAAGUUCCUGCAGUUUGAAGGGAAGAAGAGGAUCUCAGCAGAUGACUCCAUGAACCAUCGUUACUUCAGUAAUCUUGGAAACAGAGUGAUGACACUUCCUGACACGACAUCUAUCUUCAGUGUGCCAGAGAUACAACUGGAGAAAGAAACAAUCAGACCGACAGUCACCCCUGAUCCAGGUAACAACCUCCCCCCCGCUCUCACCCGACUCACCUGGGUGAUGGGACACAACAUCUAGCAGCUGACAAGCAAACAGUCCAGCCAGGAGGCGGAGUCUGCUCUUCUGACAUCACUGGGGAGGUGGAGUUUGCUGCAGCACAAACAAAGGGAAUCUGAGAGGAAAGUAAAGUAAAGAUGCUGCUGAGGAACACAAAGUAAAAAGAAGAAAGCCUGAAAUGAAUGUUUAUCAAGGGAAGAAGAUGGCAGCCUCAUGUUUACACAGAUGAAUGGACGGAUGGACAGACAGACAGACAGACAGACAGACGCAAUAAUGAAUCACAGCAGCCAUCUGACCAAUCAGUUAACAGCAUGUUGUUACUAACAGCAACAGAUUCAGCUUCUGAACGGAUGAAUGAUUUGAAGCUAGUUGAAUUCUGUCUUCCAUUUUCACAUAAACACAUUUUUAAAAUACUGAACAGUAUCUGGGAAAACCUGGAAUACCUGCAAUUCUGUGAUACAGCUUUGUUGUCAUCGGUGAUUAUGUCAGGCUGAUGUUUGUUGAAACAGAAGAUUUGUUAAAAUUAUGAAAUUAACUCUUCAAUUUGGACUGAAAACACUUGAAUUCAAACGUUUCAAUUUGAAAGCAGAACACAGAACCAUCAGACAGAGUUCAUCGUUUUCUGAAUAGAAACUGUGACUGAACAGGACAGAGCUGAUACACCUAUUUUUAACUUGCAGCUCUUCAGAGUUGAAAGGUCUUUAUAAUCUGUUGUGUACAGUAUUACAUUGAAAGUACAGUGUUAUUUAUUAGAACAGCCUGCAGGAGAAGCCAUGUUUGUUCCAACAGAAAUCAGUUUAUUCUUAAUUGUGAGACAGGUUUCUGCUGUUCUGCAUGUGUGUGUCUACAGUCAGACUGUAAUACUGUUUAUAUAUACUUAUACUGUAAAGAAUACAGUAAUAUUGUUGAUAUAUACUGUAUACAUAUAUUAUACUGUAAAUUUGCAGUAAACAGCUGUGAGCUGUUUUCUUUCUACGUGCGGUCCAUCACAGAGAAUUUUAUUUGAACAGGAAUUAGCAAUUCAUUUAUUGCUUUUAUUUAUAUUGGAGGUCAAUGAGUUGGGAAUCAGGAGAGGAGGAAGCGAUGUCACCAGAGCCUCACUCAGAGCAUCACAAACAAAACUUUUCUGUUCACGUUGACAUUUUAAGUCAAAGGCAACACACGUUUCUUUCUCAGAGCCCUGAAACAAUCCAACGUUUAGCCGACAGUUAGCCCACUGCUAACAGUUAUCUGACAGUGUAUCAACUAUCAGCUGACAAUCUGUCAACUGUCAGCCACUGAUUGAAAGCCUUGUGAAGAAGGAUGAACCCUCACCUGCUCAGACUUCAGGUGUCUGUGGGUGGGGCUUGAUUGAGCCCUGGGGCGAGAAUUACCUGGGGUGGGGUUUGUAUGACGGAGGGGGUUUUGAUUGGGUCUUACAGUGGGCGUGGUCUAUGUUUAGGGUGGAGCUUUGGACUUUGUUUUGAGAUUCUCGCCCCUUCUGAUAAAAUUUGUCUCUUUGAAAAAGUUUUUUUUAGUAUAUAUUUUUUUCAGGUUUAGGAGCAUUAAUAUUUUUAAAGAAACUGAUGUUGUUGAAGUGAAUUUUUAUUUUUUAGCUUUGAAGAAAUGUAAAAAUCGAGAAAUAUUGAUCAGAAGACAAUAAUGAUUGAUCAGUGUUAAUAACGAUGUGUUUAACUCAGAGGAAUCUGAGUGUUUAAUCUUUUGUAAGAAUGUCAUAUAUGUACACAUUUGUAUGUGAGAAGAUAUAAAAAUACAGUGGCCAUAAAAAGGAUACACCUCCUUUAUGUUUUAUUAAUCAUCAGUGGAUUCACUUUUUGCUGAUCAUCAGAAAUCUUUAAUGUCAAACUCAAACAAAUCUGCAAUACAAAAUAAUUUUUAGUGUUAAAUAUUGUACAGAAACAAGAACAUUUCACAAUUGUGUGUUUGUUUUUAAAUAAAUUAGGUUAAUGGUAGAGAAAGUUUAACUUGUUUUUAAUUUUAAUUACAUUCACUGAUACUGAAAGUGAAAAAUCAGUAAAAAGUGAAGGAGUCAACAAAAGAGAAGAACUGGAUUGUGGCUGUUCAGUGUUUUUGUGAAGGAAGUAAUGUAACAGGGUGUAGUCCAGGAUAGCAAUGAGUUGAUGAAUGACUGUUGAAUGUAACCACCAACUGUUAAUGUGGUUUACAUUAAUAAUGUGUACCGAGUUAUUGAUUAUUACAGAUAGAUUUUAAUUUGAGUGUCGUGUUGUUCCUCAGCUGUUGUUCAAGUGCACAGAAAACAGCAUUUAGAUCAGAUGUCUUUUUAGAUAUUACAGAUCCAUCUGGAUUUUUUUUUCCAGUACAUGAACUGAUGUAAAACGAUCCAGAUCACUCAGUAAACCUGGUCCAGGAGCAGGCUGCUAAGAUCAAUGUGUAUGAAGAAAGCCGUCCACUUGCACUUAUGUUUAAGGCACCACCGUUUGAAUGUAAUGUAAUGAUGUCUUUGUUUGUAGUCUGUGUCGAUCCAGAUGCUGUUUUCUCUGCUCCUGUAAAUGAACUAAUGCUUUGUUUUGGUCGACACCAAAGCUAUCUGUAAUAUACUGCACUGCAUGAUGGGAUUCUUCCAGAUAACUUAUAUGCUGUUUAUUCUUUCAAUAUUCUUCCAUCUGCCAAGAAAGCACUGCGACGUAUCUGAUGCUAUAACAGAUCUGCAUACUUGAAAUAUCAGUCCAAGUGUGGAAAAUAAAGUAUAUCCUGUUAUUGUGUACAAUUAUGUUUACUACAUGUAUUCUGGAUAUAUUUACAGUAUAUAAAUACUCAUUAAAGUUAUUUAUUAUCAGUG